CGAUCCCGCACCGCCUCGCACGGCUGUUGCGCGACUGUUGCGCGACUGUUGUGUGACUGUUGCACGACUGUUGCGUGACUGUUGCGCCAGUCUCGCACGGCUCCUGCCCGGCUGCGGCGUGACCUCGCACGGAUCCCGCACAACCCUCGCACGACUGUUGCCUGACUGUCGCACAACCGUCGCACAACCGUCGCACGACUGUCGCACAACCGUCGCACGACUGUCGCACGACCGUCGCACGAGUCUCGCGCGGCGCCAUGCUGGCCCUGGACGCCUCCCCGUUCGAUGGCUCCCAGUACGGCUAUGGGGUGCCCUCCGGCUCCUUCUGCGACCUCGGCUCCUGCCCCCCCCCCCCGCCGGGCCCCGCCGCCGCCCCCCUCGCAGGGCUCCGCCCCGCUUGGCCGCCGUUGCCCGACGCCUUCGACGCCUUGGAGCCGGGAGCCUGCGGGGGCCCCCCCGGCGGGGGGGGGGGGCCGCCCCCCCCGCCCGGCCCCCCCCCGAUGGCACCGGCCCCCGAUGGCUCUGACUUGGACGCGGGGACGUCGCCCGGCCCCGGUCCCCGCGGCCGGGAGCGCCUCUUCCAGUUCCUGCUGGGCGUGCUGGAGCGGGGCGAGCUGCUGCAGCCCCAUGUCCCCACGGUGUCCCCAUGUCCCCACGAUGUCCCCACGUCCCCACGGUGUCCCCGCGCAGGUCCCCGCGGCCGGGAGCGCCUCUUCCAGUUCCUGCUGGGCGUGCUGGAGCGGGGCGAGCUGCUGCGGCCCCAUGUCCCCACGGUGUCCCCAUGUCCCCACGAUGUCCCCAUGUCCCCACGAUGUCCCCACGUCCCCACGGUGUCCCCGCGCAGGUCCCCGCGGCCGGGAGCGCCUCUUCCAGUUCCUGCUGGGCGUGCUGGAGCGGGGCGAGCUGCCCCACUGCGUCUGGUGGGUGCAACGCGACGCCGGCGUCUUCCAGUUCAGCUCGCGGCACAAGGAGACGCUGGCCCGGGCCUGGGGCCACCGCAAGGGCCACCGGCGCCCCAUGACCUACCCCAAGCUGGCGCGGGCGCUGCGCACCUACGCCCGCUCCGGCCAGGUGCGCAAGGUGCGCCGCAAGCUCACCUACCGCUUCGGCCCCGCGGUGCUGCCCCUUGCCGGGGGGUCUGGGGCCACCGGGGACCCCAGCGGAGGGGCCGUGGGUGGCCCUGGGGACACCGGGGACCCCACUGGAGGGCUCGGGGGUGGACCUGGUGGCCCCAUCGACACCACGGCGGGUCCCACUGGCCCCAUCAACCCCGUAGGAGGGGCCGUGGGUGGACCUGGUGGCCCCAUCAGCGCCAUAGGAGAGUCCGUGGGUGGACCUGGUAGCCCCAUCAACCCCCUAGGAGGGCCCAUGGGUGGACCUGGUGGCCCCAUCAACCCUCUAGGAGUGGCCGUGGGUGGACAUGGUGGCCCCAUCAGCCCCGUAGGAGGGGCCUUGGGUGGACCUGGUGGCCUCAUCAGCCCCGUAGGAAGGGCCGUGGGUGGACCUGGUGGCCCCAUCAACCCCAUAGGCGGGCCCACUGGCACCAUCAGCCCCAUAGAAGAUCUCACAGGUGGGUCUGGUGGCCCCAUCAGCCCCAUAGCGGGUCCCACUGGCACCAUCAGCCCCAUAGGAGGUCCAUUGGGUGGCCCUGGUGGCCCCAUGAGCCCCAUGGGGUGUCCCAGGGCUGGUGUGCCCCAUGCAGGGUGGCCCUUGGGUGGCCCCGGUGGCUCUGUGAGCCCCAUGGGGUGCCCCAUAGGUGGCCCUGGUGGCCCCAUAGGUGGCCCUGGUGGCCUCACUGGCCCCAUGAGCCCCAUGGGGUGCCCCAUAAGUGGCCCUGUGAGCCCCAUAGGGUGCCCCAUAGGUAGUCCUGGUGGCCCCAUUAGCCUUAUGGGGUGCCCCAUAGGUGGCCCUGGUGACCUCACUGGCCCCGUGAGCCCCAUGGGGUGCCCCAUAGGUAGCCCUGGUGGCCCUGGUGGUGCCAUGGGGUGCCCCAUAGGUAGCCCUGGUGGCCCCACUGGCCCCAUGAGCCCCAUGGGGUGCCCCAUAGGUAGCCCUGGUGGCCUUGGUGGUCUUGGUGACCCCAUGGGGUGCCCCAUAGGUAGCCCUGGUGGCCCCACUGGCCCCAUGAGCCCCAUGCGGUGCCCCAUAGGUAGCCCUGGUGGCCCUAGUGGCCCUGGUGACCCCAUGGGGUGCCCCAUAUGUGGCCCUGGUGGCCCCGGUGGCCCUGUGAGCCUCAUGGGGUGCCCCAUAGGUAGCCCUGGUGGCCCCGGUGGCCCUGUGAGCCCCAUGGGGUGCCCCAUAGGUGGCUCUGGUGGCCCUGGUGGCCCCAUGAGCCCCAUGGAGUGCCCCACAGGUGGCCCUGGUGGCCCUGGUGACCCUAUGGGGUGCCCCAUACGUGGCCCUGGUGGCCCUGGUGGCCCCAUAAGCCCCAUGGAGUGCCCCAUAGGUGGCCCUGUGAGCCCCAUGAGCCCCAUGGGGCACCCCAUAGGUGGCCCUGGUGGCCCUAGUGGCCCUGGUGGCACCAUGGGGUGCCCCAUAGGUAGUCCUGGUGGCCCCAUGAGCCCCAUGGGGUGCCCCAUAGGUAGCCCUGGUGGCCCUGGUGGUCUUGAUGGCACCAUGGGGUGCCCCCUAGGUAGCCCUGGUGGCCCUAGUGGCCCUGGUGGUGCCAUGGGGUGCCCCCUAGGUAGCCCUGGUGGCCCUAGUGGCCCUGGUGGUGCCAUGGGGUGCCCCCUAGGUAGCCCUGGUGGCCCUAGUGGCCCUGGUGGUGCCAUGGAGUGCCCCAUAGGUAGCCCUGGUGGCCCCGGUGGCCCCGUGAGCUCCAUGGGGUGCCCCAUAAGUGGCCGCGGUGGCCCUGGUGACCCCAUGGGGUGCCCCAUAAGUGGCCCCAGUGGCCCCAUGAGCCCAUGGGGUGCCCCAUAGGUGGCUGUGGUGGCCCCGGUGGCCCUGGUGGCCCCAUAGGUGGCCCCAUAGGUGGCCCCACGGGCGUCCCCCUGCCCCCCUAGUGCCCCCCCCACUGCACUGCCACCCCCCGCCCGGGGGGGAGGGGCCCGGACGCCUGGGCCCCCUGUAUUUAUUGCCCCCCCCGGGUGGAGGCAGCUGAAAAAUUCUGUAAAUUCGCAAUAAAACGGGCAAAAGAGA